AUGUUAAAAUCGAAAUUACUGAGUGAUAACAAUGUUGUAAGAGAUUAUUCAUCGACCAAAACACCAUACUCUCCGGAUGAGUUUGAUACACCUUCUCCAUAUAAACGUCCAGGACCCAGAGAUUAUGGCUUUGAAACAAAACUGCGAACGGGAGGUAUGUUAGCAAGAGGUGUGAAAAAUAGUAGAUUGAAGUAUAAACCAAAAAAUAAUUGGUCUUCAGAAAAAGCUUUAUUCGGACAAAAUGAUUAUAUAGAUAUACUGGGAGAUGAAAAUAUCAGACCUGUUGAUUUGAUUCAAGGGCCUAAGUGGGUGGUUGGCUUUAAUGGUAAUGAGUUACAGAGAAUAAGUCGAAGAUUAAGAUUGGAUGGCAAAAAAUUAAAAUUAGAGAAACCAACUGUUCAUAAAAAUCUCAAUAAAAGACUAUGGUAUUUAUAUAAGAAAUACAAUUCUCACCGAGUAUCAAAAUAUAAAUAA